AAUACCCUUCAAAGUGCUCCACCCACUGUGGAGACGACACUAAACAGCGCAGAGGCCCCUGCAGAGGAUGCAUUACGUCCCAUCCAGACCACACUGCCUCCUGCCCCAUCCUUCACAGCCAACUCCAUACCCAUUGCUGACCCACUGGACACACAUCCUACAAGUGCAAUGACCACGCCCCUGGAAAGCCCCCUCAACGCACAGGCCACACCCAGUGAGAGGGCACCUACACAUCAGGGCCAACCCUCUGAUGUAUCACUUACUGGUAAUCCACUUGCAUUUGAAGGCCAUCCCAUUGACAAUUUAGCUGGAGUUGAGGCUCCACCCACUGAGAGCUCAUUGACAUUUGAAAUCCUUCCCACUGAUAAUUUAGUUGCAUUUGAGGCCCCUCCCAGUGAGAGUUUAACAUCUAAAGCCUCUCCCAACAAUGCUUUGGUGGCUUUUGAAGCCCCACCUGCUGAGAGCCCAUUGACAUGUGAUGCCACGCCCACCGAUAAUUUAAUUGAAUUUGAGGCCCUGCCCACUGAGAGCACAUUGACACAUGAAGCCCCUCCUACUGAUAAUUUGGUUGCUCUUGAAGCCCCACCCACUGAGAGCUCAUUGAUAUGUGAUGCCACACCCACUGAUAAUUUGAGUGAAUUUAAGGCGCUGCCCACUGAGAUCUCAUUGACACAUGAGGCCCCUCCCACUGACAGGUUUGUUGCAUUUGAGGGGCCACCUACUGAGAGCGCAUUGAUGUGUGAAGCCACUCCCAUUGAUAAUUUUUCUGCAUUGGAGGCCCCACCCACUGAGAGUUCAUUGACGUGUGAAGACCCUCCCACUGAUAAUUUGGCUGCAUUUGAGGCUCCACUCAUUGAGCGCUCAUUGAUAUGCAAAGCCCCUCCCAUCAAUGAUUUGGUUACAUUUGAGGCCCCACCCACUGAGAGGUCACUUGUGUCUCAAACACCCAAGCCUGAAACCACCGAUUGUGAGUCACAAGUACUUCAGCCACAGACUCCUGGGGCAGAACCAGAACAUUCCACUACCGGGAGUGCCCUAUAUCCCCCGGGUCGCCAGUCGCCUGUGAGCACAGACAUCAAGGAGCACCCGAGCGAUGGAUUAUUCUAGAUGUGGUCUUGGAACGUCUUGAAUAACAUGCAGCCGGCACCGCACCAACACGUCGACUGGGAUAAGGAGGCAGAAUCUGGAGACACAGUGGUCAGGUGACAAUAAUUGGCUAGAGAUCUGGAGAGGUUACAUGGAGUCAAGAACCAUGUUCCCUGGACUUGUGUCUCCACCUGGAUCAAUGCAGUUAUGGAUAUCUUCAGUAGAUUUAGAUCCUGGCUGGAUCUCUAGAAGAACCUCAUGUAACUGCAACAGAAAUCUAGAACCUAAUUUACCUGCACCAGAUCUCCAGGGGAACUUCAUUUACCUGCACCAGAAAUCUAAGAGAACCUCAUUUAACUGCACCGAAAAUCUAGAACCUAAUUUACCUGCACCAGAUCUCCAGGAGAACCUCAUUUAACUGCACCGAAAAUCUAGAACCUAAUUUACCUGCACCAGA